UUCAUCACUUGGAAAUAAACAGCGUUGGAGAGCACCAGUGCAAGCGAGCAUAUUUUUCGAGAAUAGUACACAAUUUUUUUCUUCUUCUUUUUUUUUCAUUCGAAAUUGUAUUGUAAGAUAGUGUCGUCGCGGUACUUUUACUGUUGUUUUAUGCUGCUGACAUAAACAUCCUUGUUAAUUUUUCAUCGGAUAAUUCAUAUUCAUUUAAAUCGACAAUCAGGCGGUUAAAAAAUGAAUUCAUGGAGUUGAGUGUAAAUCACAAAUGUGAUGUGUGUGUGUGUGUUUUUUUUAACUUGAAAUAAAAUAAGUUGAGACCUUCGCAUAAUUGUUUGUGUUCAUAGCUGUAAUUCAAGUUUGUGUGAAAUCAGAACAAAAAGCUAAAACAAAACGUAGAAAUUAUACAAGCUUGUGCAGUGAAACAAAACGAGCAAGAUAAACGAAAAUGCCCAAAUACACUUAUUUGCGAGAAGAACAUCGAAGGGGUUUCGAUAACUAUAAGUACAACUGUGUGGACACCAGCUUCUUCUCUCGAAAUGUUAUGCAUCCGUUUUGGAACUACUUGGUGCAAUUUUUUCCGCGAUGGAUUGCACCCAAUCUAAUAACAUUCACCGGUUUUCUUCUGACGAUAGUAAAUUUUUUAUUAAUCGGAUACUAUGAUUUUCAUUUCAAAGCUGCAAAUGAUCCGAGAAACAGUACGAUACCAAACUGGGUUUGGAUUGUGGCAGCUAUUAAUAUUUUUGUUGCAUAUACAUUAGAUGGUAUUGAUGGAAAACAGGCUCGUCGGACUGGAACGAGUGGCCCAUUAGGCGAAUUGUUUGACCAUGGCGUCGAUUCGUACUCAGCAGCUCUAAUUCCCAUUUAUAUGUUUAGCAUUUUUGGAACCGAACAGAUCUCGCCACUUCGAAUGCACUUUGUCAUUUGGAAUGUAUUCUUGAAUUUCUAUUUGACACAUUUUGAAAAAUAUAAUACUGCUGUACUUUAUCUGCCAUGGGCCUAUGACUUCACUAUGUGGGGAGUAACAGUCAUGCUUUUGAUAACAGGCGUAUUUGGUCUUGAAAUGUGGGACUUCAAGUUGCUUGGUUUAUAUAGUCCGGCAUUUGUAUUUGAAAUGAUACUAUAUAUCAGUGGAUUAGUUACUAGCCAUCCAUUUAUUAUCUAUCGCAUUAUCAUGUCAUACAGGAAACGAACCGGAAAAAUGCGACCAUUUAUUGAAGCAGUUCGACCAUUAUUCCCGUUUUUAACACUAUUUGCAAUCACAACAAUUUGGGUGCUGGGCUCACAAAAUGACAUCCUAUCAAAAGAACCAAGAAUGCUUUUCCUUCUAUUUGGAACAGUCUUCUCCAACAUAAGCUGCCGACUCAUUGUUGCCCAAAUGUCCGAUACCAGAGCAGAUGGAUGGAAUCAUUUAAUGUGCCUGCUGAUUAUUGUUGGUGGUGUAUCGAUUACUCCAUUAUUCAAUCUUUUCAACUUCUCAAAUCUUCAUCCAAACAUUGAGAGCAUUUUAGUAUAUUUCUUGGCCAUAUUUGCCACAAUUACACAGAUUCAUUUUGGAUACGGAGUCGUUCGCGAGAUGUGCGAUCACUUCAAAAUCCAUUGCUUCAAAGUAAGAUCAAGAACAUACGGGAAACAAAUGCAUGACAAAAACAACUAACAAGCAUGCCUUUUCUUCUCAAAUAAUUAAGUGCAUGUACAGUUUAGUGCUUAAAUUAACACAAAAGUAUUAUCAUCAUUGAUAUUGAAAUCAGUAUAUAGUGUAAAUUACAUAUAUAUGUAUUGUAAAUUAGUAUUAAGCGAUAAAAUGUGUUUUAUUAAAGCAUAGUGUGUCAAACAAACGGGGGGAACAAAUUGAACGGCCAAAAGGUUUGGCGUGUUUGAUUGUGUUAUAAAUAUUUAUUCAAUUACUAUUAUAGAUCUAAACGUUGUGACGACAAUACCUUCACUCAUCGUGAUAUGUGAUUUUGUUCGUGUGAAGUUUGCAUGUAAUCAUGAUGAAAAAAACACGGGGAUCAGUUAGAUUUUCUUCUUUUUUUAUUUGUUAAAAUUUGAUUGUUUUUGAUUUUCAUUUUCAGAUACCACCACAGCCAUCUCAAACAAUUAAUAUCUAAGUUAUUUAAUUUAAUAAAUCAAACUGAACGAAUGUAAUGGAUAAAUUUGAUUAGUAAAUCGAUACAAUAAAUAAAUGAGCAAAUCUCUAUUUUCACUGAGGAAGGAAUUGAAAUGUA